AUGACUGACGUACCACCAACCGAGUCCAUUCCAAAGCCAGAAGAACCGACAGCCCCAGCACCACAACAGACUAAGACUCAACACUUACAUUUUUCAAGCUUGACUUUUUACAAUUUGAACUUUGUUCGCGUAGAUGUGAAUUCUGAAAGAAGUAUGAGGGUCUUGUAUGACUUUGUACUUCUCCCAGAGUUCAUGUCUGUCAAACUUACCUGCCAUGGACUCUUUCAUAAGUUCCAUGAAAUCGUCUUCGGACAAUCCAGGGAAAAGUAUGAUAUCAGUAAGUAUUCUUUUAACAUCCUUACUUAA